CGCACGGAGCUGGAGGUGGUUAAAGGCUUUGGGAAAUCAGCGCUCUCCGGACCUUAAACAUAUUGAAGCAGGCUGCUCUAAGCUUGGCAUCAACAAUUGGCGCCUACCGUGGGGCCCGGUGAGAAGAAUAUUACCAAAGUUUUAACAAACCACCACUAAGCCGUGAUGAAUACCCAAGGCUCUCCCAGUAUUCCUACCAUCGAAGCAGUGCGUCGCUUUUUAAGAGUAAUCGAGACUGGGGGCAACCCAACCCCCCGUUCACCACUCAGCGAUGCACCGAGUCAGAAAACAGAGCCUCGAGUGGUGCCACUUGCACAGAAUACCUCCAUUCCAGCAUCAGAGGCAAUUCCCAUCCCUACUCCGACACAAGUACGUGAGAUGCAGGUUGAGAUUGAGCGACUCAGAGCUCAACUCAGGGCCAAAGAAGCCUCCCAGAUUAAUGCCCCUGGAUCUUCCAGAGGACCCGUAACAAAUAAUCAGGAGAGAGUUGCAGCCCAUGGCUCGGUUAACGAACCAUCCAAUGGGAUGUCAGCACCUGUUGGAUUAAUCGCUCCGAGUCUCUCAGCCAAUCUGCUUGAACCUUCCCCAGGACACGGAGUUGUCACUUCAACCGGAGUAGGAGGACCUCUAUCCAGAAUCGUGCAGGAUGAGCCCUACCCAUCAAAUCUUCAUUUACCAAGCUUGCCAGAGUAUUAUGGCACCACAGAUCCAGAAGACCACCUUUGCUCUUUUCAAAUCCUAAUGCCAUUAAUCGGAGCAUCUGAUGCAACAAUGUGAAAAAUCUUCCCAGCAACACUCCGUGGAGAUGCCCGACGAUGGUACUCAAAGUUACAAGAUGGUAUUAUAUCCAGUUUCUUCGAAUUUGCCACUCUUUUCAGAUGAAAAUUCUACGCACAAAAAAAUAACCUAUCAGCAUCCAUCAACUCCUCAGCAUCAGGCAGCGUGAUGAUGAGACACUCAAGGCUUACUAUACUCGAUAUAGUAACAUCGCCAUCGGACUAACGUCCAUUUCCACUGAGAUCUCCACCAAUGCCCUGAUGCGAGGGACUAUCAAUACUGAUUUAUAUGCUUCUCUUGCAAAACGGGCUCCCCACAGCACUAUGGAGCUUCAAGAGCGAGUUUCAAAAUAUAUUGAUCUAGAAGAAGCACUUCAGGAGGUUAGUCGAGCAGGAUCCAAAAGAAAACAAGAGACUUCAC